AUGCAUAAAAAGAAGCAAUCAUUUUUCAGUGGAGUUUCUCAUUACUUACCAGGCUCAAUUGGUGAUACUCAGGACUACUGCAAACAUAGAAACUUUGGCAAUCAGUACCUUGAUGGCUACCUUGAUGACUCUCUUGAUUUCAAUGUCACUGAGGAUGUAUGCAUGAAUCCAGAACUAAGCUACAUUUCGAAAUCUAAAUAGAGCAAUGGAAAUCAAUCAUUGGAGCAAAAAAACACUAAGAAUUAUGUGACUAAUUGCAACUCUUAGAAUUGCUCUAAUAACAGCUAUGAGCAUUAAAGUGAUGUGAAUAAGUCAUUCUACCCAAAGUAAAAGUAGUCAAAACUAUUUCAUAGAUAGAGCAACACAAAUUCUUAUCCUGAGGAUAACAAAUAUGAACCAGAUAUUAAUUUGAGUCAGAGGGGUAGAGAUCAGUAGUAUUUUCAAUGUCACCAAACCUCUCAGAAAUAGUCAGUUUAGUGGAAGGGCAAUAAUUAGUAUCUUGAAAAGAUUAUCUCUUAGUCAUCCUAAGGAUUCUCAGCUAAGGGUAUUUCUGACUACAGAGUCAAUAACUUUUGCAUAUACUCUCUUGAUACUUAGGAUUUAGUCAACCAUUUUUCGAAGUUUGGUACUGUCUAAAGAGCAUUUGUUCUUCCCUAUCCAAACUCAAGCAUUGGAUUUGUUUAAAUGAGUUCAAUUGUAGAGGCUUACCUUGCUUUAAGAUACUUUGAUCAUAAAAUCUUCAUUGAUACUUAAGCUAUUCUAAAAGUCAAGUUUGUCAGGGGAAAGAACUUUGAUUAAACUGAUGAGAAUAGGCUGCAAGAAGUAAAAGAUAGACUCAUCAAGAGUGGUAAUAAAGCAUUACAGAAUGAAAUAAACUAUCAAGACUAGCAAAGCAAGCAGUAUAGAGUCAUUGGGACUUUUUCUACAUUACCUUAAUACUGUUAAUCUUAUUCAAGAUCAAAAUAUAUGAAUGAGACUAUCUUGACUCAAGCCUAGAUGGAAGCUAAUCCUGAAAUUAAGAAAGACUACUAAAAUUUCUUAAAUAUCUAUCAGCCUCAUGUUAACUUUAAGGCUAGGAACGAUUACCCUUAUCAGUGCUGGUUUUUUAUCUAAUUAAAUGAUUAAUCCCCUGACUAAGAGCAUGCACUAACACCAGAGAAGAUGACAAAAAUAUUUUAAACUCUAAAUUUCUAAGAAAACGAAGAUACAUUUUCUAGGCUACUUGUAGGAUCUAAGGAGACCAACUGCCAAUCGAAUGGUGAUUAGCUAAAGAUAUCUUUUAAGAAUAAGUAUCUUUAGUAAAAUAGUAGAAACAAUGAAUAAAAUAAUGGACCAUUAUUCGGAGUAAUUAGCUGCAAGUCAAAGUAGAUCUUCAAUCAGGCUAUUUAAUCUGCUUUUACCCUUAUUAAAAAAACUUAUGUCGUAAGAGAUAGUCUAUUUUCACAUUAUCUAUAGAACUAUAACAAGAAGUGUUUAGUCAGAGAAAAGAAUCCUCUUCUUGGUAGAGUGUUUUUAAAAGCUUUUUUAAGUCCCAAGACUAUUGAGAAGAUCAGAUCAGAUUAUGAUUUAACUACUAGGAAAAUAAGUCAGGUAAUUUAGAGUGGGAAUAAGAUAAAAAUGCCAAUGAAUCCUCAAUCAAGAAAUCAAAUCAACAGAUUUUAGGGUUAUGACAUGAAUCCUAAUGAUGCCUAUACUUAAAUGUUUCCUUACCAAAGCUACCCUCCUCUCAGUUAUGAUUACAAUCCUAAUGCCAUGUUUGAAAACAGUUAUAUACAAAAUCUUGGUACUGAAAAUUAAGGUAGUAACGAGGAUUACUAUUUUUAUGACAGAUAUGAUGACUAUGAAACUACUACAUACAGUAUGAAAAACCCUCCCAACAACAUUAGAUCUCCCUAGCAGUCUUCAUUUCAUCAAUAAUUCUAAAAUUAAGUAUAUUUCAACAAUGACACUACUCAAAGCUAGAGCUCUUAAAAGCAUAGUACUAAAAAGUUCAACAUUAACUAAAAGGCACAUUAUUGA